AUGGACAUGGAUUGUCCGGGAGUCGCGGCGGAAUUCGGCAGGGUUCAGGAGCCUGCAGCGGACGACAACGAGGACAAUAGAAAUCGGAACGAAGACGACGAAGACGGGGAGGAGACGGGCGACGAUUUCGAGCUGCACGACGGGCCGAUUAACAAUGACGGCGGAGGCAUCUCCGCGGGAGGGCCCGGGUGGGAGGCGUUCCUACCGCAGGGUAGUUUGAGGGUUUUGCUGGUCGAAGAUGACGACUCCACCCGCCACGUCGUCGGCGCGCUGCUGAGAAACUUCACUCCAGCAUCCAACGGCGUGCACGCGUGGGAGCUGCUGACGGCGAGCGGUGCAGCUCGGUUCGACCUGGUGCUGACGGACGUGGUGAUGCCGGGGCUGUCGGGCAUCGGGCUGCUCACGCGCAUCAUGACGCGCGAGGCUCUCCGCGGCAUGCCCGUCAUCAUGAUGUCGUCGCACGACAGCAUGGAGAUGGUUCUAAAGUGUUUUCAGAAGGGCGCUGCGGAUUUCCUCGUCAAGCCCGUGCGCAAGAACGAGCUCAAGAACCUCUGGCAGCACGUCUGGCGCCGAUGCCACUCGUCUACGGGCAGCGGCAGUGGCAGCGGCAGUGGCACGAACGGCAAGGUGUUACGAGAGAAGCGGGGCGCGUACGAGGGCGACGGAGUGGGGUGCAGCUUCAACGUGAACGGCGGCAGCGACAACGGCAGUGGCACUCAGGUUCGUAUCGGCCCCCGUGCUGCUGCUGGGAACGAUGCUGGGAACGAUGCUGGGAGUGAUACCGAGAGGGAUGCUGGAAGGGAUGAUAGCAGGGACGCCGGCAGUCGCACAUGCUCACCUGUGCGCGGCAGCAUCGGCCCCCGGUCUCAGUGCCCAUCGCACGGCUCUUCAUGCAGCCUGGGUCGGAGGUCCCCGCGGAUUGACCCCCUUGGUAAACGACCCAGAAGCCCCGAGGCUGGCGCUCAAUCACGUCCGGAUCCAGGCUGGGCUUCAGGCUCGGCGUCAGGCUCGGCGUCAGGCUCGGCCUUCGGCUCGGGCUCGGGCUCAGGGUCGGGUUCGUCCUUGAAGGGGGGCUCAGGCUCGGGCGAUGGUGGGAAGAAGCGCGGUGGUUUGUCUUCCGCCCUCCUCUCCGCUCCCCACGCUCCUGCGCCGUCUCCUCUCCGCGCGCCUCACCCUCCUGUGGCGCCGCUUCUCACGCUUUUCGCGGAGUGA